CACGAACUGAGUUCUUGAAAAGUAAUGAGUGUGUCUGAUUUUGGAGCCCAGUGCACAUAGUCCCACCACAGUUUCCACAAGUGUCAUUUAUUACUCAUGCUCUUUUGAGUUUUGUUUUGCCAAGCUUUUUAUCCAGACAUUGGCAUCAUUAUUACACAAUGUGUUUAUCUCGCUUUGCAUUUUAAUGUUCUUUAAUGGGUAUGUUUGUGUUUGGUUUCUAAAGUGUGUUACAUUUUUAACUUUUGCUGGUGGUCCUCAAAAGUGGGUGGGCUUUUUAUGGUUGUAAAAUUUCUUGGAUAGAUAAUUUGACCCAAAUUCAGUGUUUUUUUUUGUUUUUUUUGUAAUGUGCUUGUCCUUUAUUAGUUAAAAUGUGGUAUAUCUGAAAUGGGUGUGUUCUUGUAGUGUGUUUAAGGGACUAAAGAUUGUAUUUUUAUGUGUUUUUUGUGGAUUUGAUAAGUUUUGGCUCAAGUAUUUAGGUUUUGUGAAGUGGGGUUUGUGCAAUUCUUGAGUUUUAGAGCAAGAGAUUAGGUUUUCUAGGGUACUGAACUGUAGAUUCAUUUUCUUUGAGAUGGAAACAAUUCAAAUUGUUCACAACUAACAGCGGUUUACUCUAUAACAAGGGGUCCUUAAUUUUCAGUUUUUUCUUAGCAGCUUAGUGAUAUUCAGUGAGACUCCAUUUGUGAAACAAUGUCUUCUAUGAAGUUGGGGUCUAAAGCAAAUGCAUUUCAAAAAAAAGGCCAGGCUUGGUUUUGCACAACUGGCCUUCCAAGUGAUAUCAUUGUAGAAGUUGGCAGCAUGUCCUUUCAUCUUCACAAGUUUCCCCUGCUUUCCAGAAGUGGGGUGAUGGAGAAGUUAAUCGCUGAAGCUUCUGGAGAAGAAGAAGAUGGCUGUGUCAUUAACCUCCCUGACAUCCUUGGUGGAGCAAAAACUUUUGAACUUGUUGCCAAGUUCUGUUAUGGAGUGAAAAUUGAACUUAAUGCAGCAAACGUAGUCUACCUCCAAAUUGCUGCGGAGCAACUUGAAAUGACUGAAGAUUAUGGGGAAGGCAAUCUAGUUUCACAAACUGAAUUAUAUUUAGAGAAGGUGGUCUUACAGAAUUGGCAAGACUCGUUAAGAGCAUUACAAGAGUGUAAUGGUGUUCUCCCACAUGCUGAAGUACUUUCUACUACCACGCGUUUAAUUGAAUCAUUGGCACUUAAAGCAAGUAUGGACCCAAGUCUGUUUGGUAGGCCUGUUGUGGAAGAUGGUCGACCCUUGCAGAGUCCUGGUGGAAGUGUCUUAUGGAAUGGGAUAAACACAGGGGCAAAGUUAAAAAAUGCAAGUUCAGAUUGGUGGUAUGAAGAUAUAUCAAAUUUAAGUUUACCUCUAUACAAGAGGUUUAUUUCUGCAAUGGAGUCUCGUGGCAUCAAGCAGGAGAUAAUAGGGGGAUCACUCACUUCCUAUGCGAAGAAGUACCUGCCUGGGCUUAAUCGGCGUCAGAUCACUGAUGAUUCUAACAGCCAUAUUGGAUCUGUAAGUUCAGGAACUAUACUAUCUGAAGAAGAUCAAAAGCUAUUGCUUGAGGAGCUUGAUCAUUUAUUCCCUACGCAGAAGGGAUUGAUCUCAACCAAAAUCCUCUUUGGUUUACUUCGAACUGCCAUGAUUCUUCGGGCCAGACCCACUUGCAUAUCAAACUUGGAACGAAGAAUAGGGAUGCAGCUUGAUCAGGCGACACUGGAAGAUCUUUUAAUGCCCAACUUCUCUUAUACCAUGGAGACUUUGUAUAAUGUUGAGUGUGUGCACAGAAUUCUUGAGCACUUCUUGGCAAUGGAUCAGGCUAGAGGUGGAGCAUCCCCUGGUUCAGUUGAUGAUGUUCACUUGAUUGGUAGUCCAUCACUGAUACCGAUCACAGUUGUAGCGAAGCUCAUUGACGGAUACCUGGCAGAGGUUGCCCCUGACAAUAAUUUGAAGCUCCCGAAGUUUAAGGCUCUUGCUGCUGCAGUUCCUGAUUAUGCCAGGCCUUUGGAUGAUGGUCUUUAUCGGGCAAUUGACAUUUAUCUGAAGGCGCACUCAUGGCUGGCAGACGCUGAUAAAGAAGAAUUAUGCAUGCUUAUUGACUGCCAGAAACUCUCAUUAGAAGCUUGCACACAUGCUGCCCUAAACGAGAGGUUGCCACUAAGAAUCAUAGUCCAAGUCCUCUUCUUUGAGCAACUCCAACUUAGGACUUCUGUAGCUAGUAGCUAUCUCGUCACCGACAACUUUGAUGGGUCCCAACAGUUAGGAAGCGGUCUGCUUGCAUCUAGCGACGGAGGUUGGGACACAGCUGUGAGAGAGAAUCAAGUUUUAAAAGUUGGAAUGGACAGUAUGAGGAUGCACGUUUCUGAGCUCGAGAAAGAGUGUUCGAACAUGAGGCACCAAAUUGAGAGAUUAAGCAUGGGUAAGGGAACUAGCACCUGGGGAAGCCUAUCAAAGAAGUUGGGCUUGAAGAUGAAGUCUCAGAUGUGCAGUGCUGAAGAGGGAGCUAUUAGCAAACAGAAACAUAAGGUUGACAAGACCAAAGACAGGCAUGCAAAGUACAACAAAACCAAUCAUUAGAUGAAGAAAUAUACAUUACUUGCAUUUUUUAGAAUUUUCUCCCGAUUCUACUAUGCAAUUUGUAUGCCCAUCUUGUUUAACAUGACAUUGAAUCUCAAUAUUAAUUUUUAAGCUAGAAUAUCUUAAUUUGAGGCAUUUUUUUC